AUGCACCAUAAAAGAGAUAAAACAGGAAGAUUCCUAUUAAUAGAUAAAAAUAGUGGAAAUUAUGAAUCAUUAAUUGUUGAAGAAAUGAACAAUAUUUAUGAACGUGUGAAAAUGUUAGAUCCAAACCAAAAAGAAUUUUUACAAGCAUUUCAUGAAAUAUUGUUUUCUUUAAAGCCACUAUUUAUAGAAGAACCAAAGUAUUUGCCAAUUAUAGAAAUGCUGGCAGAACCUGAGAGAGUAGUACAAUUUCGAGUUUGUUGGUUAGAUGACAAUGGAAUACAAAGAAAAAAUCGUGCUUUUCGUGUACAAUUUAGUAGCUUAUUAGGACCUUACAAAGGUGGAUUACGUUUUCAUCCAUCAGUAAAUUUGUCUAUUGUAAAAUUUUUGGGUUUCGAGCAAAUAUUUAAAAAUUCUUUAACAGGCCUUUCUAUGGGUGGAGGAAAAGGUGGAUCUGAUUUUGAUCCAAAAGGAAAAUCAGAUAGUGAAAUUUUAAAAUUUUGUCAAAGUUUUAUGAAUGAAUUAUAUAGACAUAUUGGCCCUCAUACAGAUGUACCUGCUGGAGAUAUUGGUGUAGGGGGAAAAGAAAUUGGUUAUUUAUUUGGUCAAUAUAAAAAAAUUGUAGGUAAUUUUAAUGGAACAUUAACAGGAAAAAAUGUUAAAUGGGGAGGAUCACACUUAAGAGUGGAGGCUACGGGUUACGGUUUAGUUUAUUUUGUUCUAGAAGUUUUAAAAUCAUUAAAUGUUCCUAUAAGUAAUAAAACAGCUGUUAUCAGUGGUAGUGGUAACGUAGCUUUAUAUUGUUUAGAAAAACUAUUACAAUUAAAUGUCAAAGUUUUAACUUUAAGUGAUAGUAAUGGUUAUAUAUAUGAACCAAAUGGAUUUAAUAAGGAAAAUUUGAAAUUUCUCAUAGAAUUAAAAGAAGAAAGAAAAGGAAGAAUUAAAGAAUAUUUAGGUCAUUCUUCAACAGCAAAAUAUUUUCCAAAUGAAAAACCAUGGGGAAUACCAUGCACACUGGCUUUCCCUUGUGCAACUGAAAAUGAAAUAGACCUUAGUGACGCAAAAACAUUACAUAAAAAUGGAUGUAUUUUAGUAGGUGAAGGUGCUAAUAUGCCAUCAACAAUUGAAGCCAUUGAUUAUUUUAAAAAGAACAAUAUUAUUUUAUGCCCUGCAAAAGCCGCAAAUGCAGGAGGAGUUGCAAUUAGUGGUCUUGAAAUAAGUCAAAAUUCUCAAUGUUCUCAAUGGACAAGAGAAACAGUUGAUGAAAAAUUAAAAGAAAUUAUGAGAAAUAUAUUUAUAUCAUCUUCUGAAAAUGCCUUAAAAUAUACUAAUAAUAAAUAUGAUUUACAAACAGGUGCUAAUAUAGCUGGGUUUUUAAAAGUUGCUGAAUCUUAUAUAGAACAAGGUUGUUUUUAA